AUGUCAACCAUGAGCAAGCCUGCCAUGCUGACCGGUCAACGGGCCAAUGCCUGCUCCACAACCCUCGUCUCGGCACGUCGCCCACUUUGGGCCGAGUUGACUCGAGUCCCGCCUGAUGCGGUAUCCACUUGCCGGUUUCCCAUCCCACUGCUGCGGCCUUGCCCGGCCCUGCCCGGUACAGCUGAACCCAGUACAAGUCGAGGGUGCGUCGCGUUCAACUUGUCCAUGUUCGAGGUGGUGCGCUUUAUGGCCGGUACAGCGAGCCCACACACUGGACCUACAUCCACUGGCCAUAGCGCACUUGUUAAUUGUCAUAAGGUCCGAACUGAUCAACAUGUGGGCAAGAGGAAAGAGCCCAGCGAAAAGCAUGGUGAUUCACAUUAG